AUGCUGAAGGCGAUUCUGAUGAUGCUCUUCCUGCUCCUCGGCUCCGUCCUCGCUUUUCGUGGCGGCAAUGGCAGGCCACUGUUUAGCGUUUCCAGCAUGGACCUGGCCGGCUUCGACCAGGUGAACGACAACACGAGGUCGUACAACUACGGCCGACCCCUACAGACGCGAUUCGGCCGCGCGAAUAUUGG